CAAAGUUGAAUAUUCAUCACAAUAUGCACAUAUUGUCUGACUUUUUCAGCUCUUUCAAUAAAUAAAAAAACACUCUUGGAGCAUGAGAGUGGUAUUUACAGGUAAAGCUAAAUGCCCCUUGCGCUAAAAUAUACUGUGAGCUUCUAUGUUAUGGAGUGGAUAAUUGCUAGCAUCUCUAAUUUUUCCCUCACUUGAUUUACACAAUUCCCGCCAAAAUAACCGUCGCAACCAAAAGCAGUCACGCGAUGCUGGGACGUUAACAGCAGACUCCACCCACUCAUUUACGGCUGUACACCUUGUUGUCGCUGCCUCUGCUUCACUUCUACUCUGCCUCCUACUGUACCACUAACAGUGCCCCAGCCUGCCUCAUGAAGCUAAUUUGGAUGAAAUAAUGUCAGACACUGGCGAGGGUGAAGAUGAAUUCCAGUUUCUACGAACGGGUGAUGAGGUCGUUUUGCAGAGUACCUUCACCUCCCAGGAGGAACAUGUGAAACUCUGUCUUGCUGCUGAGGGAUUUGGCAGCAGACUUUGCAGGCUUGAGCCCACCUCUAACUGCAAGAAUGUCCCACCAGAUUUGUCUGUAUGUGGCUUUGUCCUGGCCCAGUGUCUCUCUGUCCGAGCCCUGCAGGAGAUGCUGGCCCUGAGCAAAAACCUGGCAGCAGAGGUGGGAGCCGGAGGUAGCCAUCGCACGCUUCUAUAUGGCCAGUCAGUGUUGUUCCUACACUCAUACAGUGGGAUGUAUCUCAGCUGCUUGUCUUCAUCUCAGUCUUCAACUGACAAGCUGGCUUUUGAUGUUGGUCUGCAAGAGGAUAAAGCAGGUGAGACAUGUUGGUGGACGGUCCACCCGGCAUCCAGACAGAGGUCAGAGGGUGAGAAAGUGCGUGUUGGAGAUGACCUCAUACUGGUCAAUGUGUCCUCAGAGAGAUAUCUGCACCUGUCCUCUGGCACUGUAUUUGACAACAAGAGCUUGAGUGACAGUCUCAUUGUUAAUGCAGCCUUCCAGCAGACUCUCUGGAGUGUUGCUCCCAUCUGCUCUGGAGGUGGAGUCGCUCAAGGAUUCCUGAAGGGGGGCGACACAUUGAGGCUACUCCACAGCCAUAGUGACGCAUGUCUGACUAUUCCCUCCACAGAGCAGGGAGAGGAGCUACAAAGGAUAAUGCAUUAUGAGAUUGGAUCAGUCUCCAGCCAUGCCCGCUCUCUCUGGAGGCUGGAGAUUCUGCGUGUUGUGUGGAGCGGUAGGCAUACAUGCUGGGGACAGACUUUCCGACUCUGCCAUGUAACCACUGGGAGGUAUCUAGGUCUUACAGAGGAGAAAGGCCUACAUCUGGUUGAUCGGGACAAGGCUGACAUCAACACAACAUCCUUCUGCUUCCGAUCAUCGAAGGAGAAGCUUGACACUGGAACAAAGACUAAUGUCGAUGGCAUGGGGACCCCUGAGAUCAAGUAUGGAGACUCCAUUUGUUAUGUUCAGCAUGUAGAUUCUGGACUGUGGCUCACCUACCAAGCAACUGAUACCAAAUCUACACGCAUGGGAGGAGCUCAGCGAAAGGCCAUUUUACACAGCGAGGGUCACAUGGAUGAUGGGCUGACACUGUCUCGGUCUCAGAGGGAAGAGUCUCACACUGCCAGGCUCAUCAGGACUGCUAUUCUCCUUUUCACUCGCUUUAUCAGGAAACUUGAUGGUUUUAGUCAACAAGGAAACCUUCCCUCUGUCACUUUGCCAAUGGAGACAGUGACAUGCAGUCUGCAAGAUCUAAUAAACUAUUUCCAGCCACCACCAGAGGGGCUGGGCCAUGAAGCUAAACAGAACAGCAUGGCAGCGCUAAAGAAUCGGCAGAACAUGUUUCAAGAGGAGGGUGUGAUAGAUUUGGUCCUAGACUGUAUUGACCGUCUACAACAAUACAGCAGUGCGUCACAGUUUGCUGAAGCGGCUCAGGGUGACACAGGAGAAGAGUGGGAGACCAUUCUCAACCGUUUCUAUGAACUACUGGCUGCUCUGAUCCGGGGAAACCGUGUAAACUGUGCACAUUUCUCAGGUUCACUAGACUGGCUGAUUGGUAGGCUAGACCGGCUGGAGGCCUCUUCUGGAGUUUUGGAGGUUCUGCACUGUGUCCUAGUGGAAAGUCCUGAAGCACUCAAUGUCAUCAAAGAGGGACACAUUCAUUCUAUCGUCUCUUUUCUAGACAAGCAUGGAUGCAAUCAUAAGGUGCUGGAGUUGCUGUGUUCUCUGUGUGUGUGCCAUGGUGUCGCGGUGCGGUCCAAUCAGAACCUCAUCUGUGACAAUCUGCUGCCAGAGAGAGACUUGCUGCUCCAAACACGUCUGGUUAAUCAGGUCACCAGCAUGAGACCAAACAUCUUUCUGGCCAUGGGGGAAGAUUCAGCUCAACAUCGGAGAUGGUACUAUGAGCUGGUUGUGGAUCAUGUAGACCCCUUCCUUACGUCUGAACCCACCCACCUGCGUGUCGGCUGGGCUUGCACUGAGGGCUACCAGCCCAGGCCUACAGGAGGUGAAGGCUGGGGGGGCAACGGGGUGGGAGAUGACCUUUGCUCCUAUGGCUUUGAUGGGCUUCACCUCUGGUCAGGCUGUGUGGCUCGCAGAGUGAACUCUCCCUUCCCUCACCUGCUGAAAAAUGACGACAUUGUCAGCUGCUGCCUUGACCUCAGUGCUCCCUGCAUCUCAUUUCGGGUCAACGGUUUGCCUGUGCAGGGCAUGCUGGAGAACUUCAGCGCUAAUGGACUUCUUUAUCCUGUGGUCAGCCUCUCUGCUGGAGUCAAGGUUCGUUUUCUGCUUGGGGGAACGCAUGGAGAGUUUCGGUUCCUGCCCCCGCCAGGUUUUGCUCCCUGCUCUGAGGCUCUGCUUCCUAGAGUCAAGCUGAAGGUAGAGCCAUGUCAUAGAUACAUCAUGGAUCAUAGAGAUGGGAAACAAGAGCUCAUUGGCCCUUUAGUACCCGUCACUCCAGUUACCUUCACUCCAACGCCAGUAGACAUCAACAAGGUGGUAUUGCCCCCGCAAAUUAAGGAUAUCCAAGAAAAAAUGGCUGAGAAUAUCCAUGAACUCUGGGCAAUGGACAAGAUUGAUCUUGGAUGGACAUAUGGAUCUGUGAGAGAUGAGGGGAUAAAGCAUGAUGCUUGUCUGGUGGAGUUCUCCAAGCUGCCAGAGCAGGACAGGAACCACAAUCGUCAGAUUGCUCAGGACACCCUCAGGACACUCCUUGCCCUUGGUGUCCACAUUGCUUUGAGUGAUGACCACAGAGAGGAGAGAGUCAGAUACACAAGACUUUCCACCAAGUAUGAGCAGCCUAGUGGUUACAGGCCUGCCCCAGUAGACUUAAGCCAGGUUUUUCUGAGCCCAUCCCAUGAGGAAGUGAUUACUUUGUUGGCAGAGGAUGGUCACAAUGUAUGGGCCAGAGAGCGUAUCAAGCAGGGAUGGACCUAUGGAGCCCAACAGGAUGUGAAAGCCAAGAGGAGCCCGUACCUUGUGCCUUACAGCCUUCUUGAUGAAAAGAGUAGGCGAGUGGGCAGGGAGGGUGUCAGAGAUACUGUGAGCACCCUGCUUGCCUACGGUUACAGCCUGGAGCUCCUUAACCAGGAACAGAGCACGUUAUCAAACCCAUGUCUCUUCUCUGCUGAGAAGUGCAGAGUGUUCAGACCAGAUAAAUCAUAUGCUGUGACCCGGGGGAAGUGGUACUUUGAAUUUGAAAUAGUGACAGCGGGGAAUAUGAGAGUUGGCUGGGCCCGGCCAGGGUGUACCCCAGAUAAAGAACUCGGCUCAGAUGACCAGGCAUAUGUCUUUGAUGGAUUUGAGGCUCAGUGGUACCAUCAGGGCGGUGAGCCCCUGGGACGUCCGUGGCAGAAAGGCGAUGUGGUUGGUUGCUUGGUGGACAUAACUGAAUGCACCAUGAUGGUCACGCUCAAUGGGGAAGUGCUGUUUAAUGACAGAGGAUCAGAGUUGGCUGCCAAGGACUUUGAUGUCGGAGACGGCAUGUUGCCUGUGGUCAGUGUUGGGGUGAACCAGGUGGGGAGGUUGAACUUGGGCCGUGAAGUGGGCUCUUUGCAGUACUUCACAGUGUGUGGCCUGCAGGAGGGCUAUGAGCCUUUUGCUGUCAACAUGACCAGAGAUCCAGCCCUAUGGAUGAGUUGGAAACAGCCUCAGUUUACCUCCAUACUGCCUGAUAAUCACAACUUACAGGUCACUAGAGUCGGUAGUUCAACUGAUUCUUUAUCCAGCCUGAGGAUCUCUCAGCGGUUGUUUGCACACCACAGUGGAGGCAGUGAAAUGGACUUUUACCGUCUCAGCAUGUCCAUUGAAUGUGCUGCCAUCCUUACCAGCCCUGCGAGGAGCGUGCCUCCAGUGGCCGCCAACUCUUUCUCUCCAGGAAGGAAAGAGCAGGAGGAGUUGGACUCUGACUUUGAAGUGCUGAUGAAGUCAGCUCGCAGCUUUGCUGGCUCAAGAGAUGAGCUCAACCAUAAGGAUCACAACCAUGACAAAACAUCAAGAUUGAAACAACGGUUCAUGCUGAAGAGGACUAAACCAGACCUUGUCAGCAGCAACUCAUCUGCACGGCUUCUAGAAGAUGUUGUAGUUGACAAAGAUAACCAUGAUCACCUUAUCCAGAGCUCCAGAUAUUACUACUCAGUGAGGGUUCUUCCAGGUCAGGAGCCGUUCAAUGUGUGGGUGGGCUGGGUGACCUCUGAUUUUCAUCAGCAUGACAUGACUUUUGACCCUGACAAUAUCCACACUGUGACUGUCACCCUUGGAGAUGACAGUGGCAAAGUCCGGGAAAGUGUGAAGCGAUGUAACUGUUACAUGGUGUGUGCCGGAGAGGCCACGGGUCUAUCUCAGAGUCGGAGAAGUUCAGGAUUGGAAAUUGGCUGUUUAAUCGACACAGCCACCGGGCUACUCACCUUUACCUCCAGUGGAGUGGAGAUGUUCACCUUCUACCAAGUGGAAGCCAGUACAAAGCUGUUUCCUGCUGUUUUUGUCAAGCCCACCACCAGCAACAUGUUUCAGUUUGAGCUGGGACGCAUUAAGAAUGUGAUGCCGCUGUCAGCUGGUUUGCUUCGCAGCCAAAGAAGGAAUGCCACUCCUCAGUGCCCCCCAAGAUUUCAGGUCCAGCAUCUGAGUCCGGUUUCAUGGACACGAGUACCAAGCGAUACAUUAAAGGUGUCCGUAGAUCGGCCAGAUGAGCACCAUGGCUGGAGGGUCCAAUGCUUGGAGUCCCUUCAAGUCAUGACCCUUCAGAUCCCUGAUGAAAACAGGUGUGUUGACAUUUUGGAGCUGUCGGAACUUGAUGAACUCUUGAUCUUUCACCACCACACCCUCCUCCUCUACUACUCUUUAUGCGCCCUUGGCAACACCAGAAUUUGCCAUGCCAUCUGCAGUCAUGUGGAUCAGUCCCAGGUCCUUCAUGCUAUUCAGAAUCCCCAUCUUCCUGGCCCACUCCGCUCUGCAUAUUACCAGUUGCUUAUUCAGGUUCACCUCAGCAGCCACUCCACUGCGUGUCUCACGAUGACCCAUGAAUACAUUGUGCCUAUGACAGACCAAACCAGAGAUAUCACCCUUUAUCCCAGUCCUGCAAAUGGUGGUAAUGGGAGGAAUGGUCAACCUCCAGAGGGCUUUUCCAGCAGUAGUCUUAGCACAUCCCUUAAACCACCGAUGCGUUUCUCCUGCCCUUGUUUUGUCAGGAGUGAUGGGAUGGAAGGCAAUGUUGCAGUUGAAAUAGUCUGUACAGACAGCCCAGAAAUCCCUCUGGACAUACUGAGGAGCCUGACAGUGGAGAUGCUGACUGCAGGUGUAUGGGCCGUGAGCCAGGGUGUGAGGGAUCCUGUAGGAGGCAGCACAGAGCUUCUGCUGGUUCCCCUAAUUAGAUUGUUCUAUACCCUACUGGUAAUGGGGGCACUGGGGGAUGAGGAACUGGGUAAAGUUCUGAAACUGAUAGAACCUGGAGUCUUCUCCACGGAUGCUGAAACCCCUGAGGAGGAGGAGGAAGAGGAGGAAGAAGAUGCUAGUGAUGAUGAAAUAGAAGGGCAAAGGGGCAGCAAAAAGGAAGAUGACAUUCCUCAACAAGGACUUCUUCAAAUGAAGCUCCCAGAAGCUGUCAAACUUGAGCUCUGCCAUCUGCUGUCCUACCUGUGUGAUUGCCAGGUGCGUCACAGGGUAGAAGCUGUGGUUGCCUUCUCUGACAACUUUGUGGGUCAGCUGCAGGAGAACCAACGCUUUCGCUACAAUCAGGUCAUGCAGGCACUCAACAUGUCUGCCGCCCUCACUGCCCGCAAGACCAAGGAGUUCCGGUCACCUCCACAGGAACAGAUCAACAUGCUACUGAGCUUCAGAGAGGAUACGGAGCAGGAGAGCUGUCCAUGUCCAGUAGAAAUUCAACAGCCCCUGCAAGACUUCCAUCACCUCCUCAACACACACUGUGGCAUCGAAUUGGACAGUGACUCAGAGGAUGAAGAGGAUGCUGAGAAGUCUGUAAAAGAUCGACUUCUCAGUCUUGUGGCAAGAGUUCUUGGACUGAAGGUGACACCCAUAGAAGUGGAGGAGUGUAAACCACAGUGUCCCAAGUCCCUCAAAAAGUUGAUCUCCCAGACGAUGGUGCGCUGGGCUCAAGAGACUGAGAUGGAGGAUCCUGAACUGGUUAGAGCUAUCUUCUCAUUGCUGCACCGCCAGUAUCAAGGCCUUGGUGGCCAAAUGGCCGCCCCCCUCUCCAGAGCCUAUACAAUCAGCCAAGCUUCGGUGGAAGACACCAUGGCUCUCUUGUUCUCCCUUGGCCACAUACGCUCCCUCCUCAGUGUCCGCAUGGGGAAAGAAGAGGAAAGGCGGAUGAUCAGAAGACUAGGAGACAUUAUGAACAAUAAAAUUUUCUACCAGCACCCCAACCUGAUGAGGGCAUUGGGGAUGCAUGAGACAGUGAUGGAGGUGAUGGUUAAUGUUCUUGGGGAAGGGGAAUCAAAGGAAAUUUGCUUUCCGAAGAUGGUGGCCAGUUGCUGUCGAUUCCUGUGUUAUUUUUGCCGCAUCAGCCGACACAAUCAGGGAGCCCUGUUUGACCACCUCAGCUACCUUUUGGAAAACAGCAGUGUUGGACUAGCUUCACCGUCCAUGCGUGGGGCCACUCCUCUAGAUGUGGCAGCAGCCUCUGUUAUGGAUAAUAACGAACUCGCCCUAGCGCUGAGGGAACCCGACCUAGAGAAGGUGGUGCAGUACCUUGCUGGCUGUGGUCUCCAGAGCUGCCUGAUGCUAGUGGCAAAAGGCUAUCCUGAUAUUGGGUGGAACCCUGUGGAGGGCGAACGAUAUCUGGAUUUUCUACGUUUUGCUGUCUUCUGCAAUGGCGAGAGUGUAGAGGAGAAUGCUUAUGUGGUGCUCAGGUUGCUGAUUCGUCGGCCUGAGUGUUUUGGUCCUGCUCUACGAGGUGAUGGGGGAAAUGGUCUCCUAGCAGCCAUGGAGGAGGCCAUCAGGAUUUCAGAAGACACUUCUAUGGACGGACCAUGCACCACCUACCAGUCCAACAGAACACUAGAUCUUGUCCAGGAAAAUGAUGAUGACCUCAUUCACAUGGGACACGCCAUCAUGACCUUCUACUCAGCCCUUAUCGACUUGUUGGGGCGCUGUGCUCCAGAGAUGCAUUUGAUUCAAGGAGGCAAAGGAGAAGCCAUCCGCAUCCGGGCCAUUUUGAGGUCGCUCAUCCCUAUUCAGGAUCUUGAGGGAGUCAUUAGCAUCUCAUUUCAAAUCCCUUCAGUGUCAAAAGAUGGUUCGGUGGUUGAGCCUGACCUAUCUACAGUGUUCUGCCCAGACCACAAGGCAGCUAUGGUUCUCUUCCUGUACCGGGUUUAUGGUAUCGAGAACCAGAGUUUUCUUCUCCACCUACUAGAAGUUGGCUUUCUACCCGACCUUCAGGCAGCCGUCUCACUUGACACUGCUGACUUAGGAUCCACUGACAUGGCCUUGGCCCUCAACAGAUACUUGUGUUCAGCUGUGCUUCCCCUGCUCACCAAAUGUUCAGCUCUCUUCUCUGGUUUAGAGGAUCAUGCCUCGCUGCUGGAUUCUCUCAUCCAGGCAAUCUACUGCCUCUCCAGGGCUCUAAGCUUGACCAAGGCUCAGAGAGACACUAUUGAAGAUUGUUUGUUGGCUGUGUGCAGUAAACUCCAACCAUCUAUGAUGCAGCCUCUUCUUCGACGCCUCGUCUUCGAUGUUCCCAAUCUCACAGAGCACAGCAAGAUGCCUCUAAAGCUCUUAACCAGUCAUUACGAGCAGAGGUGGAAGUACUACUCGCUAACUGGAGGGCAGGGUGACCAGGGCUUUGCUUCUGAUGAGGAGCUCCAAUUGUCUCGAAAGUUGUUCUGGGGGGUGUUUAAGGCCUUGGCAAAGAAGCCCUAUGAGCCUCAGUUAUUUAGACUGUGUGUCCAGUGCCUGGCUGCAGUGGCCAAGGCCCUGCCUCCUGACCACAUUGACCCCGGCUGUGCUUCCCAGACAGAGUUAAAAACCUCCAAGGACACAGACAGACAUUUUGACCCCCAGCCUGUAGACACCUCCAAUGUGUCAAUGCCAGAGGGACUGGAGUUUGUAGUGAACAAAUAUGCAGAACAUACUCACGACAAGUGGUCACUAGACAAGUUUGCCAGUGGCUGGGUUCAUGGGGAGCAGCUAUGUGAGAACACCAAGGUUCACCCUCUCCUCAAGCCAUACAGGGCUCUGGCUGAGAAGGACAAGGAGGCAUACCGCUGGGCCAUUAAAGAGACAAUAAAGAGUAUGCUGGCCUUGGGAUGGACCAUAGAGAGGACUAAAGAAAGAGAUGCAUUUGGCUUACAAGCCUGCACUCGCAGAAUCUCACAGAUCGGACAGUUGUCUUUUGAAGGAGCAUCAACCUUCAGCCCCAAACCUAUGGACAUGAGCAGCAUCACCUUAUCAUGGGACCAGUGUGGCAUGGCUGAACAGUUGGCUGAAAACUACCACAAUGCUUGGGCUAAAAGGAAGAAAUUAGAACUGGAGAGUAAAGGAGGGGGUGGCCAUUCAAUGCUUGUGCCCUAUGAUACUCUGACUGCCAAGGAGAAGACCAAAUUGAGAGAAAAAGCCCAGGAUGUCCUUAAGUUCCUUCAGAUCAAUGGCUACACUGUGUGGAGGGAUCGGAAGACAGUGGAGAUUGACUUUCCAGCCAUAGCCAACUGCUUUGGCUACACUCUCCUUCAGAGGCUGCUGUCUUACACUGACGAGGCCCAAGAGCACAUGUUGGAGCUGGAGGUGAUGCAAGCCAGAGGACAGAUGUCUAAAGGAGAGAGAGCUACGGACCAUUUUUUCACCAAGGUUGUCCUUCCUCUCUUGGAACAAUAUGUGAAAAGCCACCGUCUGUAUUUCCUGUCCAUUUCUCUCUGCUCAAAUGUUAAUAGAAGCCAUGCCUCUAAAAGGGAAAAGGAGAUGAUUUCAAGCCUCUUUUGUAAGCUUACAUCUCUAGUAAGACACAGGAUCUCACUCUUUGGAAACGAAGCCUCAUCAGUUGCAAGCUGCCUCCACGUUCUGGCCCAGGCUCUUGAUGCCAGGACACUGAUGAAAUCAGCCCCAGAGUCGAUCCAGGCGGCCAUGCAUUCAUUCUUCGAGACAGCUGCAGCUGAUCUGGAGAUGACUGUGGAAAACCUUUCUGUGACCUUGGUCUCUUUGCCUCAGAGUAGAGGUCAACAGGCGAGAGGAGUGGGAAAGGUUCUCAGCUACACAACCUCCACCCUUCUCCCCACCCUCACCUCCCUCUUUCAGCAUCUUGGAAAUCAAAAAUAUGGAGUGGACCUCUUGGUGGGCAGUAUUCAGGUGUCCUGUUACAGGAUCCUCAACAGCCUUUACUCUAUUGGCACCACCGGCAGCAUCUACAUGGAGGGGCAGAGGCCAGCAGCAGGUGCUUGUGUAGCAGCCCUGACUGGAGCUUUUCCUGUAUGUUUCCUGGAGCCAGCCCUCAACCAAAACAACCCUUAUUCCAUCUAUAACACCAUGAGUGCUACUGAGAGAGAAGAAAUGGAGCUGCAGGAUCAGGUGGAAGACAUGUUUCCCCUCCUGCCUUCUCUGGAACAAGCUUUGGGAGAAGUGGAGGAGUUGGCAGGUGCUGGAGCCGGAGCUUGCCAGGCCCACUACAUCCAUAUCACGGAGGUCACCUUGCCCAUGCUGUGCAGUUACAUUUCCCAUUGGUGGCACUGGGGCCCCGAGGGCCAGCGAGACAACCCAAUCUGCAGCUCUGUCAUUCCUCAGCAUGGGAGUGACUUACUUGGCAACAUCCUCCGUAUCGUCCACAACCAUGUGGGUGCUAGCCAUUGUGAAUGGAUGAAACAGCUGGCAGUUUUUUCUCAGCCAAUCAUAUGUAAAGCCCGUGGUGAGCUGUUAAAGAGCCACUUCCUGCCACUGAUGGAGAAGUUGAGGAAGAGGGCAGAAUGUGUGUUGCUAGAGGAGGAGCAGAUGAAAGCCGAAAGGUGUGAUACCUCUGAAGCAGAGCUGCAAAUACAGGAGAAGUUCACAGUGCUGGUGCGAGACCUCUAUGCCUUCUAUCCCCUUCUCAUCCCAUUUGUGGAUUCUAAUCGAGCCAGCUGGCAGAAAGAGUCAAACCCUGAGGCUGAGCAGCUGUUCAGCAUGGUGGCAGAGGUCUUUAUAUUCUGGGCCAAAUCUCAUACUUUCAAAUGGGAGGAACAGAACUAUGUGAUCCAAAACGAAAUCAACAACUUGGCUUUCUUGGUCAACAGUGACAAAAUGUCCAAGUUUGACCAUGAGAAGAGGAGGACGAAGAGAAAGGGAGAUCGUUAUUCCACACACACCUCUCUCAUUGUUGCUUCCAUGAAGAGAGUGCUCCCUAUGGGACUCAGGGUUUGUUUUCCAGGAGACCAGAGUCUUAUCAUGUUGGCUAAGAACAGCUUCACUCAGAAGAACACUGAAGAUGAGAUUCGGGAGCAUGUUUUUAAAUGCCUUUUACAUCUUCACAGUCAGACGUCAAAGUGCUUGCAGCGGGAAACUCUUUAUUCAGAACACCCGAACCAGCAAGGGGUCACCACUGACGCCCAGAGGACUGUAGACAGGAUACUGGAAAUUGCUCGAGUUCUUCAUUACCUGGACCAGGUGGAACAUCCACAGAGAAAUAAAAAACCUGCGUGGCACAAGGUCCUAUCCAAGCAGAGAAAACGAGCAGUGGUGGCCUGUCUAAGGAUGGCUCCCCUCUACAACUUACCCAGGCACAGAGUGAUCAACCUGUUCCUCCAAGGCUAUAAUAAAUCUUGGAUAUCAGCUGAGGACCACAGUUUUGAGGAGGAGCUUGUGGAAGAUUUAGCUAAGGGAGGAGUGAUGGAGCUGUGUGGAGGCGACAGAGAGGAAGAAAGGGAUGUGAAAGAAGGUGCCAAACCAAUCGAUCCCCUCCUACAACUCAUUACACUCUUCAGUCGAAGCGCCCUGACAGAAAGGAGGGAGCUUGGAAAUGACCAUCUGUAUAACUCCUACGCUGCUAUUAUGGCCAAGAGUUGUCACACAGAGGAUGAUGACGAUGAACAACAGGAAGUGGAAAGCUUUGAAGAGAAGGAGAUUGAGAAACAGAAGUUGCUGUACCAGCAGGCCAGGCUGCAUCAUCGUGGAGCUUCUGAGAUGGUCCUGCAAACCAUCAGCGCGAGCAAAGGGGCCAUGGGCUCCAUGAUUGCCCCUACACUGAAGCUGGGUAUUGCUGUUCUCAAUGGAGGGAAUGCCACUGUUCAACAGAAAAUGCUGAUUUAUCUGAGAGAGAAGCGAGAUGUUGGCUUCUUUCAGAGCACGGCUGGACUCAUACGGUCAUGUAGCGUUCUAGAUCUGAAUGCAUUUGAGAGGCAGAACAAAGCAGAAGGAUUAGGCAUGGCCAUGGACGAGAGCUCAGGAGAGAAGGUGAUGCCUGAUAAAGACCUAACCUGUGACCUAUUCCGUUUUCUACAGCUGCUCUGUGAAGGACACAACUCAGAUUUCCAGAAUUACUUGAGAACACAGACAGGCAACAACACGACUGUCAACAUCAUUAUAUCCACUGUGGACUAUUUACUAAGAGUACAGGAAUCAAUCAGUGACUUCUACUGGUACUACUCAGGGAAGGAUGUGAUUGAUGUACAUGGCCAACACAACUUCUCCAAGGCGAUAGACGUGGCUAAGCAGGUCUUCAACACGCUCACUGAGUACAUACAGGGCCCAUGUACUGGAAACCAGCAGAGUCUAGCUCACAGUCGGCUGUGGGAUGCGGUGGUGGGUUUUCUUCAUGUGUUUGCUCACAUGCAGAUGAAGCUCUCUCAGGAUUCAAGGCAAAUUGAGCUCCUGAAAGAGCUCAUGGAUUUACAAAAAGACAUGGUUGUGUUUUUGCUUUCCAUGUUAGAGGGUAAUGUCGUCAAUGGAACAAUUGGAAAGCAGAUGGUGGAUAUGUUGGUGGAAUCAUCAGGCAAUGUGGAAAUGAUCCUCAAGUUUUUUGACAUGUUCCUCAAACUUAAAGACCUCACCUCCUCAGAUGCCUUCAAGGAGUACGACCCUGAUCGUAAAGGAUAUGUCUCCAGGAAGGACUUCCAGAAAGCCAUGGAGAACUGCAAGCGUUUUUCUCAAGACGAGACUCAUUUCCUCCUGUCCUGCAUGGACACCGACGAUAGUGAAAUCCUGGAUUAUGAGGCCUUUGUGGAUCGCUUCCAUGAGCCGGCCAAAGACAUCGGUUUCAGUAUCGCUGUUCUCCUCACCAAUUUGUCUGAACAUAUGCCCAACGAUUCAAGACUAAGGACAUUCUUGGAACUGGCAGAGUGUAUCUUGACUUACUUCCAGCCCUAUCUGGGAUGUAUUGAGAUCCUUGGCAGUGGGAAGCGGAUUGAACGUGUCUAUUUUGAGAUCAGUGAAUCCAGCCGCACACAAUGGGAGAAGCCUCAGGUCAAGGAGUCCAAGAGACAGUUCAUUUUUGAUGUGGUCAAUGAAGGUGGAGAGAAAGAAAAAAUGGAAAUGUUUGUCAAUUUCUGUGAGGACACCAUCUUUGAGAUGCAGCUCGCAGCCCAGAUAUCUGGCUCUGACUCUGGAGAGCGAUAUGCUGGAAAAGGAGCAGAGGAAAACAAGAGUGAAGAGGAAGACCUGGACAAAAAGGGAAGGUUUUUCAUGUAUCAUUGGUGGUUAUUGCUGACAUCUCUACUUUCUGUCAAAAACCUGAAGGCACUGAUGAAAAUGACUCUGAAGGAUAUCCUCAUGUCAGCUCUUUUCUUCCUCAGAUUCAUUUUAAUGGCUGUGGUACGGUGUAUUUGUUUUGUUGUUCGCAGCAUCAUAUAUGUACUGUACAUAGCCUUUGUCAGUGGCGGGCUCAUAGAGGGAGCCAAAAGGAUGAGAAUAUCGGACUUGCUCGGUGGUAUCCUUGAGCCAACGCUUGAUGAGGUCAUGGAGGUGCCAAGUGUUGUGGAGCAACUGAGGAAGUACUCAGCCAGUUUCUCCUCACAGAGAGAAUUGAGGGAGAUCCGGCAGGUGACCUCCCCCAGGGGGGUGGAUGUACUGACAGACAUAUUUGGCCUCAAAGUGAAGAAGGAGGGAGGUCAAUACAGACUUAUAACAGGGGAUCUCACUGCCAGUCUGACUGACCUGUUCAACACAACUUCCAAAACAAUUAACACCACUUUUUCGGAUAAACAUCAGGGGAUGUCCAAGGCUCACAUCACCACAGAAGAAAAAGGGGACGAGAAGAUGUCUGAAUUAGAGAAUGCAGAGGGGAAGGGAUCUCAGGAAAAAGUUGGGAAGGAGAAAGCAAAGGCAGAACGGAGAGCCAGGAGAUGCUCUAAGUCAGAGGAACCAGGGAGCCAACAUUCUGCCCUCUGGGAAAUGAUAAGCACUCAUAACAAGAGCCUGCUGAGCUACUUUGCAAGGAUUUUUUAUAAUAUGCGCCUGCUGGCUCUAUUCGUCACCUUUGCAAUCAACUUCAUCCUCCUCUUCUACAAGGUGGCAUCAUUGCCCACACCACAAGAAGAGGAAGGAUUUCUCACAUCUGUUUACAGCGAGGACUCCGCUACUGAAGACGACAACGAGGGCAGAGUUUAUUUUGUGCUGGAGGAGAGCAGUGGAUACAUGGAGCCAUCUCUACAUUUCCUGGCUGUCGCACACACACUUAUCUCCUUCUGUUGUAUUAUCGGUUACUACUACCUCAAGGUACCACUGGUGAUCUUCAAACGUGAGAAGGAAGUGGCCCGAAGACUGGAGUUUGACGGGCUGUAUGUGACAGAGCAGCCCCCUGAGGAGGACAUCAAAGGCCAAUGGGAUCGACUGGUCAUUAACACACCAUCAUUUCCUAGUAAUUACUGGGAUAAAUUUGUAAAGAGGAAGGUGAUGGACAAGUAUGGUGAGUUUUAUGGCUGCGAGAAGAUCAGUGAACUCCUGGGUCUGGACCAGGCUGCUUUAGACUUCAGCUCUGAGAGAAAAGACAGGCUCAAGAGAGAAACUGCCUGGAGUGCUCUAUUUAACUCCAUUGACAUGAAGUACCAGGUCUGGAAACUAGGAGUUGUAUUCACUGAUAAUUUCUUCUUGUACUUGGCCUGGUAUAUGGCCAUGUCGGUUUUGGGUCAUUAUAACAACUUCUUCUUCGCUGCCCACCUUUUGGAUAUCGCCAUGGGCUUUAAGACACUUCGUACCAUCCUUUCCUCUGUAACACACAACGGAAAACAGUUGGUCCUGACUGUGGGCCUGUUGGCGGUUGUGGUGUAUCUCUACACUGUCGUGGCCUUCAACUUCUUCCGGAAGUUUUACAACAAAAGUGACGAUAAGGACACCCAAGAUAUGAAGUGCAAUGACAUGCUUACUUGCUACAUGUUCCACAUGUAUGUAGGAGUGCGUGCAGGUGGGGGCAUAGGUGACGAGAUCGAGGACCCUGCCGGUGAUGAGUUUGAGGUGGAGCGCAUUGUCUUUGACAUCACGUUUUUCUUCUUUGUCAUCGUCAUCCUCCUGGCCAUCAUCCAGGGCUUGAUAAUUGAUGCCUUCGGGGAGCUUCGUGACCAGCAGGAACAGGUGAAAGAGGAUAUGGAGACCAAGUGUUUUAUAUGUGGAAUGGGAAGUGAAUACUUUGAUACAGUCCCUCAUGGAUUUGAGACUCACACUCUACAGGAGCACAACUUGGCCAACUAUCUUUUUACUGACCUGUCAGGAAAUCAUUGGAAGCCUGUCUGCUGGGGAUGUCUAGCUAUCAGAGCUUCUUAGGGAGAGACACGCUAUGAUCCGACUGGAGGAGGAUAAUCGCGCACCCCCAGCAGACAGCAUGGACACCAUAAGGCACUCUGCUGAAAGGUGACCUCCAGACACUUCACCUCCCCAAAACAUUUGCCUUCAAGGCCUACAAGCUGACAUGGCAGGAGACCACCUAAAGGCUACAGUAGUUGUAUGGUUUGACCUCCAAUUUUAUAACAUCCUGUGAGUCUACUGGGAUCCACCCUGCAGAGUGUAUUCAUAUUUCAAUGGUAACUUCAACAUUAGCUGUAAUGUAUGUUGCCCACAGGCUAAUAUAAUGUCUGUUUGAUGGACGAGUCCUCAUCCACUGGGGACGAAGCAUUCUUUUAUAGCAUUUCACAUUAUUCUGGAAACAUUCCACAGAAAGUCACUGUAAGCUACAAUAUGCCUGAUGUCCUCACAUUUUAGACAGAAUUGCUGUAAGCACAAAAGUACAGUCUGUGAACUGUAGAGCAAUAUCAUAAAUGGGUUUCUCUUAAGUAUGAAAAGAGUUAAUGUAACGACAUGUUAGAUGAAUCAAAUUAGCGGUGAUGUGAGAAAAUUUUAAGGGAAAACAUCAACUGACAGUAUGUUGAAAGCUGACACUGUAAGAUACAUCAGCAGAUGAUUGAUGUGUUGACAUCUAAAUUUAACUUUUCACAGCUUCUCUCUUCCACUGAUGUUAUAAAUAUUGUUUAUGUUUAUUUAAACUUUUUCAUUUAAUCAGGUUAUCAAGAAACAUUCAUAAUCGGACAGCCAGACAACCAGCAUACAGAAACAACACAAUAUA